GCAAUGACCCGAAAGAGCACAGGGGGCCACUCUAGACAAUCCCAAACUUGGAUUGGAGUUUCUUAAAGUUACGGACAAGAAGAAGGACUACUGUCUUCUUUGCAACUAGCGACAAUAACAACUCAGACCAGUCUCGCAGACCACGCGCGCCCAUCGAACUCACUCACUGGGCUCCUCUCAACCAAGCCCGACAAGGACGCAAUAAAACACAACAAACAAGACAUAAUACCGCGCGGCAUUACGCUGUGCAGUCACGCCCACGUUUGACGUAACACGAAAUGGCUUCUCACUAUUUAAAAGCUUCGGAAUGGAGUAGGCGUCUGCUCUUUAGCUCGUUCUUUCACGCAACAGCUGCGAUGAAGCGGCAGCAGGUUCACGUGCAGAUCCUCCCUAGUCGUCGGUGUCUCUUCGACGAGCCGGUGCACAUUAAAGUGGAGGGGCUCGCCCCGCGGCAGCGCGUGGAGCUGGGCGCGCGGCUGGUGGACGACAGGGGCGUGCUCUUCACGUCGGCCGCGACCUACGAGGCGGAUCGCAGCGGUGCUGUGGACUUGGGCACCUCGCGCUCCCUGGGCGGAAGCUACACUGGGGUUGAACCGAUGGGCCUCUUCUGGUCCAUGCAGCCUAACAGUCCUCACACGAAGCUGUCGAAGAAGGACGUCCAAAAGCCGUGUGCGGUGGAUGUGGAGGUGUUCUCCACCUCGGAUCGGCAUCACGUGUUGGCGAGAGAGACGAAUGAGAGGGGAUUCAUGGUGCCGGGAGUUCGCAGGUUGCCUGUGAAAGUAGGAAGAAUACGAGGAACUUUAUUCGUGCCGCCCGCCGAAGAUCCGUUGCCCGGCGUUCUUGAGCUGUGCUCAUUAGGUGGCGGUUUGCAGGAGGUUCGAGGAAGUCUGCUGGCCAACAAGGGUUUCGUGGUUUUCUGUCUGGCUUAUUACAAAUACGAUGACUUGCCCGCAUCCGUCACACACUUCGAUCUGGAGUACUUCGAAGAAGCCCUAGAGUUUCUGCGGAGCCGACCGGAGGUCAAAGGCCCUGGAGUAGGUGUCCUGUCACUUUCAAAGAGUGGGGAUCUGGCCUUGUCUAUUGCAUCAUUCCUCCCUGGUGUCUCUGCCACCGUGUGUGUUAAUGGCUGUAAUGGAAAUACUGUAUAUCCGUUGCAUUUCAGAGACACUGUCAUCCCUGCUAUUAUGGUGAACACCAGCAAAAUAACCAUCACAAAAUCUGGACUCUUGGAGGGAAGGGAGGCCGUUGACCCCACAGCAGAGGGAAAUGAAGCAGCUAUCAUUCCUAUUGAGAAAGCCACCUGCAGUUUCCUCCUUGUAGCCUCUGAGGAUGACAGGAACUGGAAUAGCUGUUUUUUUGCUAAACAGGCUUUUAAACGAUUGAAGGAUCAUGGAAAGAAAAACUGUGAAGUGGUGACAUAUCCAAAGGCAGGGCACUUUCUGGAAGUUCCCUAUAUGCCUCUUUGUUCUUCUGCCAUGCACGAUGCAGUUGGAAAAAUUGUGGGAUUUGGAGGUGAUCCAAAAUACCACGCAGAAGCACAGGUGGACCUUUGGAGGAGGAUUGAGGUGUUUUUCAAGAAAGACCUUAACAGUUUUCGUACAGCAAUGCUCUAACUUGUCUACAUUCUUCGUGACAUCUUUUCAAACUCACGAGAUAUGUUCUCAGUUAUAAUAGUUAUCGUUGUUCAACUCGGGGUUAUUCAUGUAGCGAAACUGGCUAACUAGAGCAGCAGCAGUUGUAUAAGAAGCUAACCAAUUUACACUGUACCCCUUCUGAGAAAACCCUGAGAUCUUUGAGGACACAUUAAGUAUAUAAGUAAGUAGAAUAGUGUGACAGAUUGACUGUACUCGGAAAUCAUGUCUGCAUCCAAAUCUCAUGUUGGUAUAAUGCACUUUGUGUGUUGUUCUCAGAUAUGCAUCAUUUUGGAGAAAGACAUCUGCAAAAGGAAUAAAUGUACAUCAAUAUAA